AAUCCAUAACCUAGCUAGUAUUGACCUGAUAGCUAGCAGCAAACAAGGGGUUUAGUGUAUAGGGAAGUUAAUGCUCGGCUCAGCCUUGCUACUCUUCCGGCCCGUCACCUUUGCAUGCGCGGCUCUCACAGCCCAGCUGGCACAAUGAGCUACCGCUCUUCCCUCUGGGAUGCUGAUGGUGCACUUGCCCUCAUCCACUAAUCUUGCUCCCUCUUUCUCCCUCCUGCCUUCCCCUCCACUUCCUUCUUUCACCCCUCACAUCCUCCUUCGCCCCUUGCCCUCCCGUUUGCCCUUCUCUCCCUGUGAUUCCCCACCACCGAUGCCUUGCUCUGCCAAGCUGGCUCCUUUUAAGAACCAUCAAUUUAGCACGGCACGGCCAGGCAUAAGCCGGAAAUAGAUACUGUGGUAACCGGGGGUUUAAGAGGACCAAAAGGGGGGGGGCAAAGGGCUUGGCUUUGCAUAACCCGUAGCCCAGCCGUCGCCCAUGCAGGUACGGAUACAGCCAAGCCAUGUCGAAGAAAGAAGAAUGCUUUGUUAUGGAAGUUCUCAGAAGUAACCAAGAUGAUGAGGCGCGGUAGAAGUGAUACUAUAGCUGCUUAUGCAGAUUCCCUGACAGUGACUAGGUUUCCACGGGUCAAAUCGAAGCAACCCUUCUCGGCUACCAUCCAGACAUUGGACGGAAGGCAGAUACCCAUUUCCUUUGGAAAGGAUACCACAGCUCACAGCCUCCACGAAAAGUUGCUGCAAGAAACCAAUCUCCCAACUCUCUCCAGGAAAAACGCCAACUACUACCUGUUAAUCCAUACUAGUAGUGGGAAAGUGAUGGAUGGUAGCAUGUUCACAUCUUCAGGAGGGCAGACGGUGCUGACUCUGGGCAUUGAGGAUGGCUCCAUUGUCUAUGCCAUCCUGACAAACAAACCGCUACGUCUUACAGCUCCAUGCUCGACCGUCAAGAAGUAUGAUAUACCCAAAACAGAGCUACGUUCUUUAAACACCCGCCAGCUUAAGGAACUGGCUCUCCAGGUGAUUCUGAGGUGUGAAGCUGAAGGCUGGACCAGCACUGAUCUUAAGAAGAAAGGAACCCUACUCAAACCAGAGGAUGUGACACUCUACGAUCUCGUGGAGCAUUACGUCAAACCCAUUACGGCAGAAAGACAGUGUAGUUAUGUCGAGAUGGUUUCAUCCAAGGAAAAGAGCCCGACUUAUUAUGUUAGUCACUACUGGGGAGACUCCGUGCUGGGUAAGAUUGCCUGUCUUUUGCAGCAUGCCAAAGAUCACAUGGACGAUGGCAGCUUUACCUACUGGAUCUGCGCCUAUGCCAACAACCAACACAAAUUGCAACAAGAAAUCAACUCCCAUGGUGACCCUAUUGAAACCUCCUUCUUCCGAGCCAUACAACUCAGUCAAGGGACCGUGUCCAUCAUGGACCAACACCGAAUCUGCUUUGCCAGAAUUUGGUGUGCCUUUGAGAUCUUUUUGGCUCUGAGGGACAUGAACAGCAACAGCAACAGCAGCAAUAACAACUCAUGGGAUCGACAGCAGCAGGAAGAGGACGUGCCGUACAUGUAUGAGAUUUACACCGUCAAGGCGACACCGGACAAUCGACACGAUAAUGCAUGCUUGGGACUCCGGGAUGUGAACGUCUUUGGAGGUGCACAAUAUGGUGCCAAAGGCAAGCCUCCAUUUCCAUGUUGCACCGAAAUGCUGGAUAUUUGUAUUGAAAAGGCUGCCGCCACCAGGGACAAUGACAGAAGGAGCAUUCUCAACUAUAUUUGUGGAGGGAGAGCGGCAGCAGUCUCAAAUGAAGAACCGCCAUCGGGACACUGUGCCUACCAGGAAAUCAACAAUCUACUUCGGGCAAGGAUUGCACUGUCAACAUACCAGGCAGCUCUGGCGCAGCAACAACCAAUGGAAAAGUACCGAAAUGCCAUUCGUCAUCACCCAAAUCUCAAGCGUCUCUCCAUGAACUUUUAUGAGUUUGAUCCUUUUGUGGAAGAAGCUCGACAUUUCAUGGCCGCGGCUCUUCCAGAGGGAUUGGAAUCACUGCAGCUGUAUUAUGGAGGACUGGCGUUUGAAUCAUCGGAUGAGUUUGCACGAGGCUUGAGCAGACAGACAAACCUCAAAGAAUUCACCCUGCUGGCGUCUCAUUGCUCCAAAUUGACAUCCAUUGAUGGUCUCUGUGACGAGCUCGCAAGACUACCAAAUCUAGAGCUGCUGGAUCUGAAUUUCAGUUCUUGUACACAGCUACAAUCCAUUGAUUCACUUGCCGCAUUGAUUCCCAACAUUCAAAGUCUAAGGUACUGCUAUCUGAACAUCAGUGAGUGCACACGUCUCACCAGUUUGGAUUCGUUCAGUCAAAACAAAGCCUGGGGUAGCAAUCUACAGCGUUUCAGUUUGGAUGCCAGAUGGUGCUCCAUGUUCCUGGGAAUAGAUAGCAAAGGAGCCGAGGCCUUCUUCAAACGUUUGUGCGGACUACGAGAAAACAAAUCCUGCAAAGUGCGGUUGGUGCUUUCGGGUUGCAAGGGACAGCGGGCGUACAAUUUUUUCUCUACUGCUCCUGGCCAUUAGAUUUUUAAAAUAGCAACUAAUUUAGACU